CGCGAACGCCCGUUUGUUUACAUCACGAUGACGGAGACCAUUUCCUCCUUUCCGUAAAUCGCCUCCUUUUAUCGCUCUGACUCGAAGACACUGAGAUACAUAAGAGAUGCUGUCCCCAAAUGUCCCUGAGUUCGUUCCAAGAGGAAUGCAGUCCACAGGCCCAACCGGAGGAUAUGAGCGGACUAUUCCACCGGUGGUUGAAAGGCACCAUACAAGCCAGAGCUCCAUUCAGACAAUCAGAGCUGAGAGAAAGCAGGAAGAUGGGCAGCAGAGACGAGUGCAAAAUGCCUCUUUGCUAGAGCCAGAGAGAAGGGAUUUAAAAGACUCUUUUGGUGGUAAGAAGGGGGGAGGCUCGAACAGAGGCAGGCAUGGGUCAUAUAGUUCUUACACAAGAGAUAGAGACAGUCUUCGAAGCUAUGACAACUGGAGGCAGAGAGUGGAUGAAAAUCCAACUGACAGACAAGGUUCUUAUUUCAAGAGCACAAGGAGACCCACCAAGGGUGAUUCAGAAGGAGACUGCAACAAAAAUAGGAGUCAACAGGGUAAACAACGUCCCUGGAGGCAGAAAGGUGAAAGUCAAGAAAGGGAGAAUGUCCAGAACAAAGAAGGAAAGAAAACUGUGGGGAGAGGGAAGAACAUAGCCAUAGGGCCAACCCAUGCCACAGAGGCUCAGUCCCCUUCAUAUUGCAAGCCAGGUGUCAGUUAUGGUAAAAUCCUUGCUGGUGAUUUUGCUUGGGGUGGAAAGACUGCACCGGUUGGAGAUGGAGGUAAUCACCCGAAAAACUCCAAUGACUCAGGCUUGAUCCAAGCCUCAAAUGCCCAGCAAGAUGAGCAAUGGCCUUCCCUCCCAGGUUUCCAUACCAGGGCACUGGCCAAGGGGGAGAGGGUAGAGGCUGAAAGUCCCAGAGGUAGAGCGACUUCUCUUGCACCGGAGGGAGCUAGGAUAGACAGCGUGAAAGAUCCAGCUCUAAAAGAGAGUAAUAAAAUAGGGAAGGAGGGAGUGGAAGCAACCAAGGGAGAAAAUGAAGAUUUGUCAAGGGGAAAGUGGACAUCUAGUGAUGAGAAAAAAGUUGGUGAAAAGGAUGAUAAAAGACAAUCAGAAAGUGCUACUGUCUGUGAAAUUAGAAGAAAUGAGAAUGCACUAAAGGAGGGUCAUACAGGCCAAAGACAUGAUUCACUGGAUUUAAAGCCAGUUCCUAGAGAAGGAGAGAAAAAAUACACAAACAGAUCUCCAAGAGGAAAAGACACAAGCAACCAACAACCAGAGGAAAAGCAAGACGGGAACUUUGAAUGGCAGGUUAAAAGAGAUCGUCGGAAACAAGUGAAAUCUCAUGAAGAGACGACAAAGUUGAGUGUUUCAGUGCAGCAGCAGAAAGGAGAGAAAAAUAGGAAAGGCAAAGCUGAUGUCAACCCUAGUUUUGCAAAGGGGAAAGCAGUAUCCAAGAGUGAAACCAAGUCAACAAAUCAACACACUAUGAAAAAUAAGCCUCAUGUAGUUACAACAUCUGCUAACAAGAUUAGCAGGAAAAUUAAGCAAAAUUCUCCAGGGCAACAAGAUCAGUCAGCUGUGGACGGACUUGGUGUUUCAUCUCUUGCUGAUAAAGCUUCUACCAAGAAUAAUGGUUCUGUGCCAGUAGAUGCUAAGAAACCCAUCACUUCGGAAAAAGAUUCAUCCAAGCUGAAAGCAAAGAAACUUAAAAAGAAGGAAGAGAAGAUGAAAAUAAGAGAGCAACAGAUCCGGAAAGCUCAGGAGAUGAUGAAGAAAGACUCUAAGCUCUCAAUGAUAACAAAGGCCUUCUUAGAAUCAGCCGCCUAUACUGGCAGUGGUGGGCAGACAUCAGUAAUGUCAAAAACAGCUGGCCAGAGCCUCUUUGAGAAUUUCCCCAGUCUGGGUGAACAGAGGCCAUACAAUGUAAAAAGAAAUGUUAAAGGUAAUGCAGUGCCUCCAGCUACUAGUAAAAGUGGUUCUCAUGAAGAUUCCAGGGAGAGGAAUAAACCAAGAAACCCAUCAGUUCCUCUGGCAGGUCAAGCCAGUGGUAGUGGGACAGCCAGUGGAAGUGUGACUUCCACUUCUGUUUCAAGCUACUCUGGGGUGCUCUUGGCCUCACCCAGGAGAGCUGCAGAAUCUCAGUCUCGCGCCAUGGACGACAGUCAGGUCAAGGACACGAGGAAUGUGGUGGCACAGAAGAAAAAGGUUAAGACUAGGGACCGCAUUGAACUGGACCUCAUGUGUGCAGCGCUUGAGUCCAAGAAGAGGAAAGAAAAGGAACUCUCUGAUAAGAUCCUCAUGUCGGAGUUGCAUCCUGGAUUAGAAAAGCCCAAGAGAAGUAUGGAAACUCAUACAGUUGUCAAAGGCUCGAAAAAUGCUUUUGCUGGUCAUCUCAGAGCCAAGGUAAAUGCACAUAUAUUAUAG